AUGAGCAGCACAGCCCCCCUUGAUCUGGAGCUGCCCCAGAGGCUGGGCCUCCACCCCACGGACCCACAGGAGCCCCAGAGGGGGCAGCGGCACCUGCUGAGCAGCCUGGUUGCAGUGCAGACCCUAGCCAGUGUCAUCCGGCCUUGCUACGGCCCUCUUGGGCGGCAAAAGUUCCUGGUGACUGCUCACAGGGACACUGUGUGUACAGGUUCUGCUGCUGCCAUUCUCCGGGCCCUGCAACUGGAGCAUCCAGCAGCCCAGCUCCUGCGGGAAGCAGUGCAGGCCCAGGCUGAGAACAUCGGGGAUGGCACUGCCUUCAUGGUCCUGCUGGCAGAAGCAUUACUGGAGCAGGCUGAGCUCCUGCUCAGAGCUGGGCUAGCCUACACCCAGCUCCGGGAGGCCUACAGCACAGCCCUGGCAGAGGUCCUGGCUAUGCUGCCUUCCCUGGCCAUCUGGGCCCUGGGGCCUUUGGAGGAUCCAACCUGGGCCCUCUGCUCUGUAAUGAACGCACACACCCUGGCCCACUCAGACCACCUGGCCAAGCUGGUAGCCCAUGCAUGCUGGGCCAGCAAGGAGCCUGGUGGCAGCUUCAAGCCUGAGCGUAUUGGGGUAUGCACCCUGCAUGGGGGGAUGCUGUGGGACUCCUGCCUUCUCCCAGGGCUUGCCAUAGCUGCAAACCCCUGUGGUCAGGUGACUGCAGUGUCAUCAGGGGCCAGGGUGGCCCUCUUUGCUUGCCACUUUGGUCCUGCCAGUCCCAGUGCCCCUGCAACUGCCCGUCUCUAUAGCCUCGAGGACCUUCUUAUAUUCAAGAAAGAAAACAAUCAACUAAUAGAAAAGCAGGUAGCCCAGCUGGCAGACUCAGAUGUCAAAGUGGUCGUCGUAUGGGGGGAUGUGGAUGAAGAGACCGUCGCCCUGGCUGAGCAGCAGGGCAUCAUGGUGAUUCAAGCUGAAUCUCGGAGGGAAAUCAUAUACCUCAGCGAGGUGCUGGGCACCCCUCUGCUGACGUACUUGCUCCCCCCAAUGGAGCCUGGGCAGUGCUGGAGAGUUCACACACAGGAGCUGGGGGACAGCAAGGCCGUGGUGUUUGAAUGGGAGCAUGCAGGUGCUCCUGUCCUCACCCUGGUCCUCCGGGGAGCUACGCCUGAAGGGCUGCGGGGCACAGAGGAGGCCGCCUAUCAUGGCGUUGAUGCCUACACCCAGCUCUGUCAGGAUCCCAGGCUGCUGCAGGGAGCCAGUGCCACAGAAAUGGCCCUGGCCAGGAUGCUGUUGGAGAAAGGGAGCAAACUGGAUGGGCCAGAGGGGCCUGCUUUCCUGGCAUUCGCUCGGGCUCUGAGGUCUCUUCCUAAAACCUUGGCAGAGAAUGCAGGCUUGGCCGUCCCACCGUUGAUGGCAGAAAUGAGUGGCAUCCACCAAGCAGGGAACUUCCUGGUGGGAGUAGGAUGUGAAGGGUUGCUAAAUGCUGCCCAGGAAGGGAUGUGGGACCCCCUUGUGGCCAAAGCCCAAGGCUUCCGUGCAGUAGCUGAGGUGGUGCAGACGCUUGUGACUGUGGAUGAGUUUGUGGUGACCAAAGUGAGUCCUAGCCAUCAGCAGAUCUCGAUCCUGGACUCUAAGAAGGCAAUGGAAAGCCUGUCCCCAGCCAGAAAAGAAACCCUUAGGACAGACAAGCAGCAACAUCCUCAAUAAAACAGGAGGGCACCCCCUCCCAUCCUGGAAAUGCAUGUUUACCUUAUUGUUUUUGUUUUUUAUGGUU